AUGCCAACCACGCCGAGCCACAAAACAGCACGUAACGAACGAUUGACCUCUAGGGUGCACUUCGACCUGCACAUGUCCAUCCACCGCAGUACCAGCACCACCAUGAACUCCUCCAUGAGCGAGUCUGCCCUUUGGACUCUCCCCGGCUUCGACGACGCCGACGACGCGCCACAGACCACUCGUCCCCAAGACGUCACCAAGACGGAGAAUCGCUGGUCGCGCCUCCUCCAAAGCGCCGCUUCAUCGAACCGCGACCGCCACCGCGCCCGCCUCGAGGGCGAUGGCUGGGCCUUCAUCGGCGGCCGAUAUAGUGAUGAACUACAGGAGCUGAGUAGCGAGAGCGCAGAGAGCGUCGACGAGGAGUUCGACGUCGUUGUUCUGGCGAGAGAGAGCGUAGGGUGUUGA